AUGAAUCCUCUAACUUUGUUGCUUAUUUUACCUCUCUUUACUCAGUUUUUGGAAAUUGAACCUGCAAAACCAAAAGUUAUUGGGAAACCAAGAUUUCCUACCUCUCAAAUCAGUGUCAUGGGUUUUGUUUAUUGUGAUUUCUGCUCAAAUAACACAUUUUCUAGACACAGCUACUUCUUGCCAGGUGCUGAGGUGACAAUAGAUUGCAUGUUCAAGGCAAUUUCAGCUAAAACAUCAGAACAGAUUACACUUUCGGUGAACAGAACAACAAACAAGUAUGGAAUGUACAAGCUUGAAAUACCAUCAGUUGAUGGAGUGAAAUGUGCUGAAGGGUCUGAAGUUAUGUCUUCCUGUGAAGCUAAAUUGAUUAGAAGUUCAACUUCUUCUUGCAAUGUUCCUGGCUACAAAAGCACUUCUAAUGUGAUUUCAGUGAAAGCAAGAAAAACCAAUCUCUGCAUAUAUAGUCUUAAUGCUUUGAAUUUUAGACCAUCUAAGAAGGAUACUAGUUUGUGUGGUAGUUAA